GCAAUUGAAUUAUGUAGAAUUUAGGAAAAAGACAAAAAUGGUGGAAUUCCCCUUUAACUCCUACACAGAGUCUCUGUGGAGCUACAGACUGAUAUUUAAACCCCAACCCAGUCCAUUAACACCACUUAGUUCUACGUGUGACCAAGAACGCAGUAAAUUAUCUGUAGAGCUAUUGUACCAUUUUUGGACCAUGGCUGUAGAGAGAAAGGUGUAUGUUCUCUACACUGGAGGAACUUUUGGAAUGAAAAAAGAUGAUGAUGGGAAGCUCGUUCCACAGAGCCUGGAUGACAUCAAAGACUUCAUUAUUCGCCACACCAUCCUUUACGAGAGGAAACCAGGAGAAUCAGAGGAGGCUGUCAGAAAACGCAUCAUCAGCCCGGACGGUCUCAUCACACUAUAUCACCAGUUGGCUGAUGAUGAUCCUAAAGCUGAAGGAAAACAGUACAAAGUUCUUUAUGAAAUGGACGGCCUACCAACACCGAUCGACUCCUCAAAUGUGACCCCUAAAGACUGGAGGAUCAUGUAUGAAAAAAUUGAGGAGCACAUGGAGAAGUACGAUGGGUUUGUUAUUAUCCAUGGAACAGACACCAUGGCCUUCACCUCCUCUGCUCUGUCCUUUAUUUUGGGGGAAAUCAACAAGCCUGUGAUCGUGACUGGAGCUCAGAUGCCCAUCUUCCAUCCUCGAACUGACGGUCUGGAUAACUUUAUUGGUUCGAUGCUCAUGGCUGGGUACUUUUGUGACAGACCAAUGCUGCAUCAGGUGAUGCUUUAUGACCUGAACAAACUGUACCAGGGCAACCGAGUGGUGAAGUUUGACUGUGAUUCCUUCAGUGUGUUUGACAGUCCUGAUGUGUUCCCUCUCGCCAGCCUGGAAACCACCAUCAAGCUAUUUGAACAUAAGAUGGUGGAGCCCAUAUUCCAUUCCUCCUUAAAGUGCAAGACGUUCACACUGGAAAGAAGACCAGAAGUGAGGAUCCUGAGAUUUUUCCCAGGCAUCACAGAAAACUACGUCCGAGGCAUUCUGGACGGAGCUGAAGGUGUCAUCUUGGAGACGUACGGCUGUGGGAACGUUCCAAAUUUUAAAUGGCUAGGAGAUCGUCUGAUUGAAGCUUAUGAAAGUGGUGUUCUGAUGCUGAACUGUACUCAGGUGUAUCGAGGCACCGUCUUACCCAUCUAUGCUGCAUCUGAGAUUUUGACGAAGGCACAUGUUAUUUCUGGAUAUGACAUCACUCCUGAGGCAGCAAUGACCAAGAUGAUCUGGGUGCUGAUGUCAACCUUUGACCAAGAGACAAGAUGCGAGAUAAUGGAGUGCAGUUUGUAUGGAGAAUCAUGUGCCCCUCCCUACCGCCCACUGCAGCCAAGUGUGGAACCUGGACCAAAGGGAGAGAGAGAACAGACACGGAAAUAAAAUCAGCAUAUCAACAUGAUUGAUUAUUAAAACAAGAUGAAGUGAUCGAGUCUGUUUGUGGAAAAGAUCAAGAAAAGUAAACAGUGUAAACCAAUCAAAAGUCUAAUUGUUCUCUAAUGUUCUAAUCAAAUAAACUGAUUCAUUGCAUCCA